UCCGCUGCCAUCCGUCGAACUUCUCCGUUUGACCUCCGUGCACCAGCCAAGCGAGCCUACCAUACAACAUGAGCCUUUACUCCAGGUUGCUUGCCGAGACAGCCAUUCAGAUCUCCCUCCUCGGCUAGAUCGCGAGCGCUUCUUCUGGACCCAUCCGUCACCCAACGGUACCGCUAGCCGUUUUCCGCUCGUGAAAUGAUACCAUGCAUCCAGUUCAGCCAUAGCAUCCGAGCUUCGCGCGCCUUUGCCAUGGAAAUACCCUCCGGAAUCCAUGAUGUUGGCUCAUCCGGCUAUCCCGAGCAACAAUUCGCCCAGGGACCCAGCUAUGGCUUUCUUUCUUGGCAGCCAUGGAGGGUUUAAAACCGGGCUGCUGCCACACCCAGCAGUUCCUGUUUGUGUCUGAGGGUAGUCGGUUUUCUGGAAAAUGCAGCUGUGUUCCCUCGCGAGUGCUCUCCUUCUCUGCUGGCCUGCUCUUGCGGUGCCAGCGCCCUCGGCAGCUAGGAACACUCCUCCCAGCAUUGCUUCUUUGGGCACUCUCCAGGCUCUGAAGUACAACGACCUGGGAUCAGCAAACAAUGGCACAGCUGCUGUGUUGCUUUACGAUCGACUCGUGCACUCCAACGCCCAAUCCCGGUGUGCUGCCAUCGGGGAGUCCCUCUACCCGCUGCAGAACGUACCCCGGGCCAAUGCCACCGAGUUGGCGUACCAGCUUGACUACCUCGUCUACGCAAACGAUCUACAGAGCGAUGAUACCUUGUGGGUUGCCAAAGCUCCCCAUGAUGACUGCCAGGCAUACUCUCAAAGUCGCAAACAACUGAUUUCGGUGCCCUGUGACCGAGAACUGCCCGCCAUCUGCACAUCCAGCGUCCCUCCCACCACCGACGGAGACCGAACUGCCGUGAACACAUCCAAAAUCUCGAUUACGUUCGACGGAUACCACAUGACUGGCUAUCGUGAUGCCCGCUCGUUCCGCUUCCUGGGUAUUCCCUUCGCAGAUCCGCCGGUGAGGGACCUACGGUUCGCACCACCGCGCCCUUACUCGGGCUCCAGGAGGCUCGACGCCACCAGACUGGCCGAUUCAUGCAUCCAGUCAGUAUCCAGCUUUGGGACCCUUGACAACGGUGGUAUCUCCGAGGACUGCCUCUACCUAAACGUUUAUACUCCAAUCCUGUCAGCCCAAUCUGACAUCAAGUCCACACGCAAACCCGUUGCUGUCUACUUCUAUGGUGGCGGCUUCACCAGCGGCACCUCAUCCAUGAUCGACUACGAUGGAGGAAACUUCGCCAGCCGCAACGACGUCGUCGUCGUGACCAUCAACUACCGCGUCGGCGCCCUCGGAUGGCUAACAACCGCUAAUCUCACCACGGGUAACUACGGCACACGCGACCAAAUCCUGGCCCUGAAAUGGGUCAACGAACACAUCGCGGCAUUCGGUGGAGAUCCACAGCGCAUCACCAUCUUCGGUCAAUCCGCCGGCGGCCAGAGCGUCAUCGCCCUCCUGUCCUCCAGCGCAGCCCAUGGUCUCUUCUCGGGCGCUAUCGUGCAAUCCGCCCCGGUCGACCUUCCCUGGUUCACCCGCGACGUCUAUUCCAAGAUCGUAACCCCCAACGUCGCCAGUGCCGUCGGCUGCAAUGACACAACCUCUGAAACAGCCCUCCUCUCCUGUCUCCGCUCCGUCCCCGCCACAUACUACCUCGACAACACCACCGAGUUUGAAUCCGCGAUGACCGCCUCCUCCGCAACCAUCGCAACCUCCUACCUCCACACCAGCGAUCUCCUCGCCUCGAUCGAGCCUCUAAUGCCCAUCGUCGACGACACAAACAGCGGUGUCAUUGACGAUCAAUUCUACCGUCUCCUAUCGAACAACACCCUCCCCAACCGCGUCCCCACCAUCUUCACAACCGUCACCGACGAAGCGGCCCUCUACGUGGACGAAUACAUCACCUCGCCCGUCAAUGCCACCGUCUCCGCCCUCUCCCUAAUCUACGACAUCGCCUACCCAGCCUCCCUCGCCGAAUCCCUCCUCGCAUCCAAAGCCUUCCCCCUAAUCCCCACCGACCCCGACACAAUCCGCAACCUCAUCGGCUCCGCCCUCACAUACAGCGAAUGGACCUGUCCCCAAUCCUACCUCCUCCACCAGGCCCUUGCCCACCAAACUCUCCCGCGCCUCUGGGCCUUUUCCACCCCCCACGGCCACAUCCAAACUAACGUCUCCGUACCGGCCAUCUGCUCCCCAAACCAGGACUACAACGCAACCUGCCACACCUCCGACGUGCUCCUCGCCUGGGGCACCCUCAACAGCAAGACUCAGAACGUUGCCCCCUACUACAACGUCCAAGACGUGCUGCACUCCCGUCUCCUAAACGAUAUCUUCGGAUCGUUUUUCCGCACCGGAGAUCCGAACCCCGAUCCUCUGAUGUUGAAGAUCCGUGGUCCCGCGUAUGCGUCGACGUAUGAGGUCUUCGGUGGAGGGUAUGCGUUGGAGGAGUUGCGUGAAGGCCAGAAGAAUGCGAGUGCGACUGUGAAUGUAUUGAGCUACCCGCCCUCAGUGGGGUCCGAUCCGGGGAGUACGGAGAUGUGUAGGGUUUUUGAGGACUUUGGGUUUACCUUCCAGAGAGCGGGUUUAUUGAGUUAUUCUGAGUUGUAAGUAGAUACCUGCGUUCUUGUAGGAUGGGUGGAUAGACAGUUUACUUGUGGGUUUGAUGGAUGGAUGGAUGGGAAGUUAGUGAAGUGAUCAGUCUGUGCUAUUUUAGAGAGAUUGUAUGUAGGGCGAAUGCCUGGUAGAUAAGUAGACCCGUG